UGGGGAAGGAGACGAAGCCGACGAUGAAGAAGAAGAAGAAGAGGAAUGGCGAGUUUUCCCGAACAUCAGCAAUGGCAACGGCAUCAGUGGGUUCGCCGAGAACGAGGGCAGGAAUGAGGAAUGUGGGGAUGCGAGGAAGGUGGGGGGAAAAGGGAGGCACAAAUGGGAAGGGAGAGAGAGAGUGGGAUUGCAACGAAUGAGGACGAGGAAAGGGGAACUCAUCCUCCUCCUCCUCCACCUCGCCGCCCCUCUGACGUCGUCGUCGCCUUCGAAACGGGGAGAAGGUGGUCGUGGGCGUGGAGGGGGACGCACGGAAAGGUGCUCGCAAAAAGAAGCAGCGCCGCAUCUUCCCCCCCCGCACACUCAGAUGACGGCCGCCAGGUUUUCUAUAAACACUCGGGAUGGGAAGCACCCAAUUCAUCUCUCCCAGUGGGCACACUCUCUCUCUCUCUCUCCCACUUCUCGUGGGCUUCUUCGGCUCUCGGGUUGCCGGGAGCUUCCCAUUUGCGGGAAUUCGCUGCCUGUCUUUUUUCUUUUAAAAAAAUAUCACCAUCUUGAUGCUUCUUCACGUGAUCUCGCGGAUGGUCUGAUUUCCGCUCGCUCUUGUUUUGACUGCAGGUUCAAGCUGAGGUGGAGUUAAUACUACUAUUCCUUUCUGCGUCUGAGUUGCAAUUGGAGCCUGGUGUUCACAGGUUGUUUGAUUGGUUCAACGCUUAAUCUGCCACAACAACAACAGGGUGUUGGGACAGUGAGGCUUGCACGAGCAAGUCGACAACGAGACUUGAAAUGAACUGUUGUGGGCAAUGCCGGUGAAUCAGAAGCAAACCCUUCUAAUGGGCCGGAUGAAGUGGAAUGCUUAAUCCAAAUGCAGGCGGUAACCCUUCUGAGCUAAAGAAAGAUGCAGAGGUCUAGGGGAGAACUGGCUAGGGUGUGAUGAGUGCUUCCGUAAGCAACUCAUGCGAGCUCAACCACGUACCCUUGAGACAAGACCCGUCUGCCAUCGCACAAGGGCAACGCACCAUUGCGUGAGCCCUUGUUGUUUUGUCUAUCACUCUUGAGCUAUUACAAUUUGCGAUUGUUUGUGUACCUGGUCAAGGAAAGUCCAAAUAAAAAGUGCACAAAUAUAUCGACCGUGUGAGCUAUGUGGCUUACGACGACCACGCCUUCAGCGCUUUCGCCAAGCGUGUCAGCCAAGCCACGCUCCACGGCAACUUUCCUAGUCUUCACUCACCCUUGAGCUACCUGCUCCAUUGUCUCAAUCUGGGACAACAACGUAUGACAUACAGAGGAUGAUUGGCUGCAAAUACUCAGUCCAAUCUGUGGAUGUGAUUGUGAGCUCCGCGUCGAGAGCGAGUGGAUAACUCACGAGCAACCCAGAAAAAGGAACGAUCACGCCUCUCGCCGUCUUCCUCGACUCAGCAGCUCUAUUUCGGCACGAUGGGCAGGAAUAUAAUGCUGAUUCUUGUCGAAAGUUAUCCACAUCAUGCCUGCAAUGCAUUCAACAUGGUGAGUGAGCUCCACACAUAGUCAAUGGAUUUCAGCAGCAUGAGGAAGUGAAGAAGAAAUUUGAGGUCGAUGAUUCUGCUGCAACACUCUUCGAACUUAUCGAUGUGGAGUUGUAGAACUAGCAUGCUGAUGAUCAGUGCCAGUUUGUGGUCUGUCCCAAAGUCCAUCCGUGGAUCUGGAUACUUUGCUGUCCUUUAACUGGAGUGUGUAUUUAUAGUGGGCAGAAAAGAGGCUUUUUUAUCAUAUAUAAGAAUAGUUCCCCUGAUCUAGUUGGAUUGUUGCACCUGGAGGCUUGCUAAAUGAACAAUUUUGGAUCCUACAGCGUGGCCAACGGAGUGUUUAAUCAAAUUUAUUUUGCUGUGGAGGAGUUGCA